GCAGUUCAGCCUGCAGCCUCGGAGGCGGCUGUCCCUUUAAGUCGGGUUCCCGUUGGGAUUGCCGCAGCCAUCGCAGCCAUCGGGGAGUGGGUGGGGGUGAGAGAUGUUGGUGAGAGCCCUGCCUCUCCAAAGGCCCCCCCCAGCCAAGCCUUCCCGGCUUCCAGCCUAGACAGCAGCCAGCCAGUGGCGUUCCUGGCUCCUCGGGAUUUUCCUUUUCCACCGAAGCUGCUGAUUCAUCCCCAGGCUGGAGUCGGGCUCUCAGGCUGCUGCUGGGCGGAGGAACUGGGCCUCCCAGGGGGUGUCCUCCAGCGUCUCUGGAUGCUCCAUGGGUGGGGGUCGGGAGUGGUGAGGGAGGGGCAGCGCAUCUCAGAGCCCUGGCAAAUUUCUGGCCAGAAAUGUGGGGGUAUGGGCACACCUUGGCCAAGGCCAUGCUGCAAGGGCCAGGGUGGCCAUCCUUCCUCACUCCUGUCCGGCCUCCCUCUGCAGGGUGCUUCAAGGAUGACCGCAUUGUCUUCUGGACUUGGAUGUUCUCCACCUACUUCAUGGAGAAAUGGGCUCCCCGGCAGGACGACAUGCUUUUCUAUGUGCGCCGGAAGCUGGCGUACUCUGGCAGCGAAAGCAGUGCAGACGGGAGGAAGGCGACUGAGCCCGAGGUGGAGGUGGAGGUGUACCGGCGGGACUCCAAGAAGCUGCCAGGCUUGGGAGACCCUGACAUCGACUGGGAGGAGAGUGUCUGCCUGAAUCUCAUCCUGCAGAAGCUGGACUACAUGGUGACCUGUGCGGUGUGCACACGUGCCGACGGCGGGGACAUUCACAUCCAUAAGAAGAAAUCUCAGCAAGUGUUCGCGUCCCCGAGUAAACACCCCAUGGACAGCAAAGGGGAAGAGUCCAAGAUCAGCUACCCCAACAUCUUCUUCAUGAUUGACAGCUUCGAGGAGGUGUUCAGCGACAUGACUGUGGGAGAAGGAGAGAUGGUCUGUGUGGAGCUGGUGGCCAGUGACAAAACCAACACGUUCCAGGGGGUCAUCUUUCAGGGCUCCAUCCGCUAUGAGGCGCUCAAGAAGGUGUAUGACAACCGGGUGAGUGUGGCCGCCCGCAUGGCACAGAAGAUGUCGUUUGGCUUCUACAAGUACAACAACAUGGAGUUUGUGCGCAUGAAGGGCCCCCAGGGCAAGGGCCACGCCGAGAUGGCGGUCAGCCGAGUGUCCACAGGUGACACGUCCCCCUGUGGGACUGAAGAGGACUCCAGCCCAGCUUCGCCCAUGCACGAGCGGGUGACCUCCUUCAGCACGCCCCCCACCCCAGAGCGGAACAACCGGCCCGCCUUCUUCUCCCCAUCCCUCAAGAGGAAGGUGCCCCGGAACCGGAUCGCCGAGAUGAAGAAGUCUCACUCCGCCAACGACAGCGAGGAGUUCUUCCGGGAGGACGACGGUGGAGCCGAUCUGCACAAUGCAACUAACCUGCGGUCUCGGUCCCUGUCGGGCACGGGACGGUCCCUGGUUGGGUCCUGGCUGAAGCUGAACAGAGCAGAUGGAAACUUCCUUCUCUAUGCACACUUGACCUACGUGACUUUGCCGCUGCAUCGGAUUUUAACAGACAUCCUGGAAGUUCGGCAGAAGCCCAUCCUGAUGACCUAGCUGCGUGCGGAGCCUGUGCAGAGCCCCGGCCGGGCCCAGCCCUGGGAGUGCUGCCAAGUGCCUACCUGUCCACCGCCACCGGUGUCUCCUGUGACCCGCCAGUGCUGGAGCCGCAGCCAGGCGAGGCCACUCGACUCCCAGGGCCAGGGCCGACUCCACGAACACCAGCCCAAACUGAAGUGCCUCUUUCCUCCCCUGCUGGCUCUGCUCCGCCCUGUGCCCCCCGCCUGUCGCCCCCCAACCCAUCUCUGGAGAGCCCUCUGCACCCAAACAGGACUAGAGCUGCCGAGCGGCCAUGAGAGAGAGCGGGAGGAGCAGCUGAUGCCCAGAGCGGGGCCAGACCGGCGCAUCUACGUUCACAUGCCCCCAGCAGCAGGUGGAACCACCCAGCCAGGGCACUCGGCGCAUCAGACUGUCCACACCUUCUUCAGGAACGCCAGUUGAAGAUUCUGGAAUGCCAUGUGGAUGAACUUCAGCACCCGAGUCAGUCCCAGCUCAUCCUUCCCAGUUGACCACUUUGUUCUAAUAGGAGAUGGGAAUACAAGAAGUUUGAUGGCUUUGCCCUGGGCUGGGAAUACCUCACCCACGCCCAGUUCCAGAAAGGCCUCCAGCUGAGCAGACGGCCCCGAUCCCGCCAGAACGGCCUUUUGCUUCCAGCCAAAGAACACCGCCAACACACACACCUCCAACCUGGGACAUCCACGCUGGGCCUCGGACGGAGGGACCCGCAGAAUUUGGAUUCUGAGGGUAGUCGGGAGGCCUCGGUAGCCACGCAGAACAGGAUUAUCUGCCAGAGGGUGUCUGAUGUGGGGUGGGGCUGGCAUCAUCCCAGGGAGGUUCUCGGUGGGACCCCGUCUUCUGGGGGCGGGGGUGUCUUCAUCGUCCCUGGUUUCCUGGAGCUCACUUCCUUUGACAGCGUGUGCUGGUCCCAUCUCAGACCAGCUCACUGAGGCAGAGGAGUUGCUCAGAGGCUCACAUGGGCACUCCCAUCGGUUCGUGUGAGCAGCUGCCCAGCCCCAGGCCUGCCCUCAGCCUGGUCCAGCAUGAAGGCGUUUCCAUCUGCAAGGAUGCACGGUGCCCUCCCCGAGAGCAGGCCUGUCCCCUCCCCAACUGGGAAUCAGCUGGAAGCUGGGUCUCUUUUGGCUGGUUUUGUUUGAAGUUCCCAGGAAUGUUUCAGGUUUUCCAGCGAUGUGUUUAGGGAUCUUCUCUGGGGGGGAAAAGGAAGAGGAGGGGCUUGUUCUCCCAUCUGUUUAUUCUUUGGGCUCCGGGAACAGGGGACUACUUUGGGGCUUUCUCCAGACUUUUGUAUAUUAUUAUUAAAAGCGAGCUAUUGCAUUUCAUU